CAUCCCAUUCCCCCCAUCCCAUUCCCAUUGGAACACACGGUGCCGGUGCCCCAGCUCCGGUCAAUGUCCACCACUGCCCCCGGGGGCAGAGUCCAGCAGUGCCGGAGCCAGGGGGGGGCAUUGAGCACCAGUGUCCCCAUCACCUCCUGCCUCCUUCCCAGUAUGUUCCAGUCCCUGUACGGCUGCUUCUGGUGGGAGCGGCUGUGGCUGCCGGAGAACCUGACCUGGGCCGACCUCGAGGACAGGGAUGGUCGAGUCUAUGCCAAAGCCUCGGACCUGUACAUCACCAUCCCCAUGGCCUUCGUCUUCCUCGUUGUCCGGCACCUGUUUGAGACGUAUGUGGCCACCCCCUUGGCCGCGGUGCUGAACGUCAAGGAGAGGAUCCGGUUAAAAGCCACCCCCAACCCGGUGCUGGAGAGGUUCUAUGGGGCCACCUCCAAGCACCCCAAGCAGGUGGAUGUGGAGAUGCUGUCCAAGAAGAGCGGCUGCACCGUGCGGCAGGUGGAGCGCUGGUUCCGGCGCCGGCGCAACCAGGACCGGCCCAGCCUGCUCAAGAAGUUCAGGGAGGCCAGUUGGAGAUUCACCUUUUACCUUCUUGCUUUCAUUGCUGGCAUGGCUGUUAUAGUGGAUAAACCCUGGUUCUAUGACCUGCGGGAGGUGUGGAAGGGAUACCCCAUCCAGAGCAUGCUGCCCUCCCAGUACUGGUACUACAUGAUCGAGCUCUCCUUCUACUGGUCCCUGCUCUUCAGCAUCGCCUCUGAUGUCAAGCGCAAGGACUUCAAGGAGCAGAUCAUCCACCACGUGGCCACCAUCAUCCUCAUCAGCUUCUCCUGGUUUGCCAACUACAUCCGUGCAGGGACACUCAUCAUGGCUCUUCAUGACUCCUCCGACUACCUGCUGGAGUCUGCCAAGAUGUUCAACUAUGCCGGUUGGAGGAACACCUGCAACAACAUCUUCAUCAUCUUUGCUGCCGUCUUCAUCAUCACCCGCUUGGUCAUCCUGCCCUUCUGGAUCAUGCACUGCACCAUCGUGUACCCGCUGGAGCUCUACCCGGCCUUCUUUGGCUACUACUUCUUUAACCUGAUGAUGGCCGUGCUGCAGGCGCUGCACAUCUUCUGGGCCUACCUCAUCAUCCGCAUGGCCCACAAGUUCAUAACUGGAAAGGUGGUGGAGGACGAGCGGAGUGACCGAGAGGAGACAGACAACACAGAGGAGGAGGAGGACAAGAACGGGCCCCUCUCCAAUGGGCACCCAGUGCUCAACAACAACCACCGCAAGACCGACUGACCCCCCCUAUGGGGCGCCCCAUAGCCCCGGUGCCCUCCGGGUGCUGCCCUCCCUGCCUUUCACUGCUGCCUUAACGCACUGCGGUGCCGCGCUCCGGCCCCGUUGUUCCCCUUUCCCACUCAUCCCAAUGGGAAGCACAUCCCAUAGAUGCCUCUAACACGGGGAGAAGCCCCGAGCCCGGGGCAGGGGGGGAGGGAGGAGUGGAGCAGAUCCAUGGGGACACUGAUGGGAGCUGUGGGGUUUGGAUCCCUUCCUUUUGCCAAUGGGAUUUGGGGUCCCCCCCCCCCCCCACAAAUUCACAUCCCAAAUCCUUCCUUUUGGUGUUUUUGCUGUUCUCUAUUUAUUUGGAUGCCAGAAGGAGCCGGAGUCGGCUCCGGGUCUCCUGCCUCCAUCCGGAUGUGCCAGCGCCGAGGGAGGGAGGAAAGGACCAUUCCCAAGCACAGACCAAAAACCGUCUUUUGUUGUUGUUUUUUAAGAAAAGAAAGAAAGAAACAGGUGAAAAGAGGAGAAAAGUUCACAAUUAAUAAACUUCCAGAAGAAAAAGAGAA